AUGGCGAACAAUCCGAAUGAAGCUCCUGCCGAUAAGCGGUGGAGCAUCUCCUCGGCCCCUCCCCACUUCGUCGCUACGGAGAUCGGCCUAGCUCUGAGCGACGGGAGUGGCUUGUCCUCGACCGCAGCCACUUCGAUGAUGCUCCAGCUCGGCUCUAGCCUCUGGCCACAUAUCCGCUCUCGACGGCGGGGGAGGAGUGGCCGUCGGGGGAUUCCCCGGGGGCCGGUGUUUCCGCUGGGGUUGAGCUUGGAGCUGAGGAAGGGAGGGUUCAUUAAGCCUGAGGGGGCGCCCAGGAGUGGCGAGCGGUUCCCUGAGGAGGUCGUCGAUAGAACAUGA